GUACUACUAGACAGAGGCGCUGAAGUUAACGCGGAUGGCGUUCUAUACGGAACUGUGCUGCAGGCAGCUUGUACUUCCGGUCACAAGGCUGUUAUAGAGCUACUGCUAGAUAGAGGCGCCGAUGUCAACGCGAGGGGUGGUCAUUUCGAAACUGCGCUUCAGGCAGCUUGUUAUCACGGUUGCAGGGAUAUCGUUGAGCUACUGCUAGAGAGAGGCGCCGGUGUCAACGCACAAGGUGGUCAAUACGGCAGUGCACUUAGAGCAGCUUCAUAUUGGGGGUACAAGACAGUUGUGGAAUUGCUGGUAGCAAAUGGGGCGAAACAGGACGAAACAGGUCCUUGA